AUGCUUCGGCAACAAAAGGUGACUUAGAGUCGAUGCGAAGAAGUAUUGAGUAUCGUAUCAAAGACGAGGGACAAAAAACCAGGGCGUUAUUCACGGCGGCUCUUAUAAUCGGGAACGUAAGUGCAAUAAUGGAUGCAGAAAUUCUGAUCGAAAUGCCAAAAAAAGGUUUCGAACAUUCGGGUAUAAGGAAAAUGUGCGAUAAGUUCACGGCAAUUAUCCCCGAAGUAAUAACAAAGGACAUUCAAUUAUUGUAUUCGGCAUUUGGACGUGAAGUAAAAGGAACUAAGAAAAAUAAUUUCUCCCAAACCCACACUUACAAACUGCUGCGAGGGGCCAAGGAUCGAGAAGGAGGGAGAAAGAAAUUCUCGCAAAUUCUCAAGAGUUACAAAAUUUGGAGGACUAUCGAAAUCCUCUUGAAGAAAUCGUAAAGAACAAUGAAGAAAAAAGACCAGAGGCCACUCAAGACGAAGAAAAUGCAACGGUCUAAUUUAAAACUUUUUUUCUUUUAUAUUAAAAUUUUAUGUUCAUUUUGGUUCAUUAGAAUUAAUUACAAAUUCUUAUACUUUUAUAUUCUUUUAAUUAACAUUAAACGUGUAAUUAAAUACUUGCAUACUCAUAUCUACAAAGCCAGUAUUAUCGUUCGUCUGC